AUGAAUGAUUUAAAGAAGGUAAAUUAUCAACAAAUUCAGGUAUCGUUUGCGCGACCAAGUGAGGAAUCUAUAAAAGGCGCAAAUCUUUAUGUGAGUGGAUUGCCAAAGUCAAUGAGCCAACUCGAGUUGGAAGGACUCUUUCGCCCGUUUGGACAAAUUAUCACUUCAAGAAUUUUAUCCGAUAAUAUUACUGGAUUGUCGAAGGGAGUUGGUUUUGUUCGAUUUGAUCGGAAAAAUGAAGCAGAAAAUGCAAUUUUGAAAUUAAAUGGAACGAUACCAACCGGUUGUGUAGAACCUAUUAUCGUAAAAUUCGCCAACAAUCCAGCUACCAACGCUCAAAAAACUCAGUUGCAGGUUGCUCAAGCAGCAUCAGCACUGAUGCCAUUAGCACUUCUGAAUACAGUAGCUGCUACAAGUCGCCGAUUUAGUGCCGCAGGUCCAAUCCAUCAUACUCCACAAACCGGUAGAUUUCGAUAUUCUCCUUUAGCAAGUGUGGCAGCUCCUGCAGCGAAUACGACUACAAAUUCAGAUUUGCUUGCUACUCAAAUUCUUCAAAUGGCUGUAGCGACAGGUGCAAAUACAUCAGCGCAACUAGCAGCACUUGCUACUGGUACACCUAGCACAGCUCCAGCAACAAAUCCCGGAUGGUGUAUAUUCGUUUAUAAUCUCGCUCCUGAGACGGAAGAUUCUGUUUUAUGGCAAUUGUUUGGACCUUUCGGAGCAGUACUAAAUGUAAAAGUUAUACGUGAUUUUUCUACUGGAAAAUGUAAAGGAUAUGGUUUUGUAACGAUGGGUCAAUAUGAAGAUGCACUUGCAGCGAUUACGUCUCUUAAUGGUACUCAAGUGGCCAAUAGAACUCUUCAGGUUUCGUUUAAGGCUCAAAGUUUGCCAAAUGCAGUAUUAUAA